CUUGAGGAUCGUCACAGCGACAGGCGCAACUCUCACAGCACCGGACUUCCCGGGGCUACUCUUGACGCCAACAUCUUACAGAGAAUCUUACUGCAUGCCCUAUCACGCUUAUGGAGAAAUAUCUUCGCGAAUGGCGGCAGGAGGCCGUCAACAAGCAUCAGUAUGAUACAGCCAUCUUUGUUGCCGACAAGCUGCUUGCCCUUACCGGAGACGACCAGGACGCCUUUUGGCUCGCCCAAGUUCACUUCAGCGCCGGCAAUUACAGUCGCGCUCAGUCGUUCCUCGCCCGCGGUAACCUGACCGAUCGGAACCCACAAUGUCGAUACCUCGCCGCGCAUUGCUCGAUCAAGCUUGGAAAGACAGAUGAUGCUUUGGCUAUAUUAGGCGAGAAGAAUCCUACACAUCUAAUUACUGCGCCCGGCAGCGCCCGGCAAAAGCUGCGGCAUGUCGACGUAAACACACGAGCCGGCGCGCGACAUACUAAAGUGAGCUCGCGCACCGAGCGGGUACCCACGAGCGAGGAGCGUGACAAGGAGGACGUCAAUAAUCUCAAGUCGGAGGCAGGAAUGUGCUAUUUGCGGGGGGUCUGCUACGCGAAACAGAACUCCUUCGAUCGCGCGAAAGAGUGUUAUAAGACGGCAUGCCAGAUCGACGUUCAGUGCUUCGAAGCCUUCGAUGCGCUUAUGACGAACUCGCUCAUGUCACCCAGCGAAGAAUGGAAAUUCCUCGAGUCCUUAAACUUCGACGCUAUUGCCGUCCCGGGCAACCCAUCACUAUCCCAAGAAGCCGCCCAGUUCACCAAAACACUAUACACGACUCGUCUCUCGAAAUACUCGCGCCCAGAUGAAUUUGAAGACGCGGUGGAGCAGCUGACCACCCACUAUAAGCUCGCCGAUAACCCGGACAUCCUCCUGGCAAAAGCAGAUCUCAUGUUUACGCACUGCCGGUUCCGCGAAGCCCUCACGCUGACAUCCUCUGUCCUCGCGGAGGACAAAUACAACUUUGCCAUCCUCCCCGUCCACCUCGCCUCGCUCUACGAGCUCGACCAGAAGAACGCCCUCUUCCUCCUCGCACACGAGCUCACAGAUAGCCACACCUCGGAACCCUGCACCUGGCUGGCGGUCGGCAUAUACUACCUCUCCAUAAACCGCAUCGCCGAAGCGCGGCGCUACUUCUCCAAAGCCUCGGUCAUGGACCCGCAUUUUGGCCCCGCUUGGAUAGGCUUCGCACACACCUUCGCCGCGGAAGGCGAACACGACCAGGCUAUCUCGGCAUAUUCAACCGCAGCACGCUUAUUCCAGGGCACACACCUCCCGCAGCUCUUCCUCGGCAUGCAGAAUCUACAGCUCAACAAUCUCUCCCUCGCCCACGAAUACCUCAACACGGCGUACGAACUCUGCCAAAACGACCCUCUACUGCUUAAUGAAAUGGGCGUCGUCUACUACCACGAAGACCGCAUGAUCGACGCCAUCUCCAUGUUCCGCCGCGCCCUCGUCAUCUCAGAGCAGAAUGAAGCGGAUCCAGACGCAUGGCUCCCCACGCGCAUGAACCUAGGGCACGCACUGCGGCGCUAUGGCCAGCUCGACGAAGCCCUCUCCACCUUCGAGGAAGUGCUCCGCCACGGCGUGAAAGAAGCAGGUAUCUUCACCGCAAAGGGCCUCGUCCUGCUCGAAAUGGGACGCAGCUGGGAUGCCGUAGUAGCAUUACACGAGGCACUUGCGGUCGCGCCGCAGGACCCUAUGGCAACGGAUCUGCUGAAUCGCGCACUAGAAGCUAAUGAGAGUGAUAGCGGAGUACCGGGACCAGAGAAAAGCCACUAUCUCGAAGAGGGCACUGGAGGUAGCGUGUCUGACGAGGAGGUUGAGGAGCUGGAGCGGAGGAUUGGCGGCAGGUUGAGGGAGAUUCAACAGAAUCGUGUUGCGGGGAGGGGCGGGAGGAGAGCAAGGAGGAAUGUGGGCGUCGAGGAUAUGAGUGCCUUGGGCGAGAGCAUGGUUGUUGACUCGGACGGGUAGGGCAGCGUAAGGCGCGUAAAAAGAAACGAGGACGGUCCCUCCGACGACGCAGAGUAAUCAUUUGCUUAUUAGCGAGCAUAGACGGUGUUUGGAUGAACGGCUGGUCGAAG